UAAUCCAACUUCAAGAUGGAAGACUCGUUGGAGCGAUAAAAAGAAUGGUGCAAAAAUGCUCACAGGUUGCAUAAUCGCAUAUUCAUUGCUCAUGUGGAUAAAUUUGAUUGGUACCUUUUAUCCUUUGUUUACAAAUGACGCCCCAAAAAUUUCCUUUUUAAACUUAGUAUGA